GCUCAGAGAGUCCAGCCUGCACGCACGCACAUUUUCAAACACACCCUCGCCCUGCAAAGGAAACGAAACCUCACUUCAGCAGCGUUGGUUGUUGUGUUUGUUGCAGCUGGCCCGGUGCUGUGGAGGCCUAAUGGCAGGUCUGAGGAGCCGAGCUGGAGCGACGGGAGCCCGGGAGAGAGGAGGACAUCCAGCAGCCCUCACGCUGCUCACGCUGCUGCUCACCUGCUGCGUCAGGUGUGCGGAACCAAGCCCCAAACCGAGCAACAUCAUCCUCAUCCUCGCGGACGACCAGGACGUUCAGCUGGGGGGGAUGACCCCAAUGAAGAAAGCUAAAGCUUUAAUAGGAGAUGCAGGAGCAACGUUUGUGAAUGCUUUUACAGUCACGCCGCUGUGCUGCCCCAGCAGGAGCAGCAUUUUGAGUGGUCGGUAUCCCCACAACCACGAGGUGAGGAACAACUCCCUGUCUGGGAACUGCUCCAGCCCUCUGUGGCAGAAAGGCCCCGAGUCCGAGGCCUUCCCCAUCUACCUCAGCAAACAGAAAUACCAGACGUUCUUCGCUGGGAAAUAUCUUAACCAGUACGGUAAGAAUGACGGGGGAGAAGUUGGCUAUGUGCCACCUGGCUGGGACCAGUUUCAUGCGUUGGUGGGGAACUCGCAGUACUACAACUACACACUUUUAGUCAACGGCAAGGAAGAAAAGCACGGAGACAGUUAUGAAAAGGACUACCUAACUGACCUCAUAACGAACCGGUCCCUUCACUUCCUGGAUGACAGGAGCCCUCAACAUCCGUUCUUCCUGAUGCUGUCCCCUCCGGCGCCUCACUCCCCCUGGACUGCAGCGCCGCAGUACGAGAAACAGUUCAGCGACGUCAAAGCCCCGCGAGACGGGAGCUUUGACAAACCAGGGAAGGACAAACACUGGCUCCUGCGUCAGCCCGUUAACCCCAUGCCAAAUAGCUCACUCAACUUCCUGGAUAAUGCGUUCAGGAAAAGGUGGCAGACCCUGUUAUCUGUGGACGACAUGGUGGAGAUGCUGGUCAAGAAACUUGAUAGUAUAAAGGAACUGGACAACACGUAUAUCUUCUACACCUCAGAUAACGGCUACCACACAGGUCAGUUCUCUCUGCCCAUUGAUAAGAGGCAGCUGUAUGAAUUUGACAUCAGGGUCCCGCUCAUGGUCCGUGGUCCUGGAAUCAAACCAAACCAGACCCUGCAGGCCCCGGUGUUGAAUAUUGACCUGGCUCCCACCAUACUGGACAUAUCUGGUCUCAACCUGUCUCUUGUGAAUGUGGACGGGCAGUCUUUCCUCUCCCAGAUGGCCCCAUCUUUGCGUAAUGGAACUGCACGUCCCUUUUUCCUUGUUGAAUACACUGGAGAGGGACACCCAACAACAGAUCCUGCUUGUCCCAAAUUAGGUCCUGGACUCUCCCAAUGUUUUCCAGACUGCGUGUGUGAAGACGCCUACAACAACACCUACGCCUGCGUCAGGACCCUGGACGGUGAACAGAACCUGCAGUACUGCGAGUUUGCAGACAGCGAGUCGUUUGUAGAAGUGUACAACCUGACGUCGGACCCCCACCAGCUGGAGAACAUCGUGAAGACGGUGGAUCCGGCCGUCCUGCAGGCGAUGAACCAGCGGCUCAUAAAGCUCCAGUCCUGUGCGGGCGACAGCUGCCGUGACAUCAAGUGAAGAAGAGGCAACGAGCUCCAUGAAGCUGCCAAACAUGGACCUCUUCAUACUCACAUUGGAAGGUGGGGCUGGUUUAUAUAACAGAAAGGCAACUUUUACCACAAGUAUGAUAGUUGGAGAGGCCUUUUCUAAACAAACAAUGUUUCCUACUGUGAAGUUUUGACAUGUCACAGUAGAAAAAGCACAGGGUGAAUAAUGAAUGACGGCUGGGUUAUAUUUAGCUGCUCCAGUUUCAGGGGCCUGGUUUUGUGCAUGCUGGCUGCCUGGGACGCUCAAAUACAACAGAGGCUUUGUUAAAAGGAGAAGUUCCACAUUUUGGGAAAUACGCUAAUUUGCUUUACUGCUGAAUGUUGAUUCCACUCAUGUCUGAUGAUUAGCCUAAAUUGGCACAAAUGAUUCUGUUAAUUCUUAAUUAAUAACACUGCAAUUAGCCCUUGAAGUGCUUAUUUAAGCUUAAGGGUAAAUAAAUUAUUCCCUUUCAAGCUAGAUGAGAAGAUCGUUACCACUCUCGUCUGUCUAUUAAAUAUGAAGCUGCAGCUGGUUAGUUUAGCUUAGCUUAGCACAAGGACUGAAAGCGGGGGGAAACAGCUAGCCUGGCUCUUUGUUGCAGUAACAAAAUGUGACUACCAGCAGCUCAGUAAUUAACACGCGACAUCUUGUUUGUUUAAUCUGUACAAAAGCCAAAGUUUGUAAGUGACACAUUGCCGUAUUUUGGGGGGAAAAAGCAUUUUUACACUUUUGUACUUCUACACGUUUUCGUAUGGACCCUCAACCAGAAAUCAAAUUUCCCGAAAUGUCAAACUUUUACUUUAAUGUCACCUGUGGUCUUCCUACUAUGACAAGUCAAAAUGUCUGCUGUGAAAAAUAUCAAUUUUCUUCUGAGCUGUGCUCAAAUAUCUCAUACUUUAUUUUCUUUUAAGAUAAACAGUUCGUAUUGUGCAGAUUGGAGUUACUCUACCACUCUGUCACGUGUCUCUGCAUAAAAACUGCACUAUAGACUUCUGUUCUUCACAAUGUUGAAGGUAAAAAAUGCCAUCUGAACAAUUUACCAGUCACAGAAACACAAAAUGUUGCCAGUAUGUGUCAGAUGUGGAGAAUAAUAGUUACACAACCAAAGGUUUAUCAUCUCUAAAGGAAUAGUUUGACAUUUUAGUAAAUAUGCUUCUUUGCUUUUAGAUGAUUAGACUGUUACCAAUCUCAUGUCUGUCGCUUCCAUUAAAAAGCCAUCACCAGCAGUCUGUUAGCUUAGCACGAAAUAAUAGUUGGAAAAGGGGGGAAACAGCUGGCCUGGUGCUGUUCAAAGUAAACAAAAUCCACUCUGUCAGCUCUCCUAGCAAAAUGUUUUUGUUUUGCUGGAGUCAGUGGGCUUGAAUUCUUUUUCAGCAUUUUAAAGGGGUGCGUGACAGAAAAACAGCUGCUGGCUCUUUUUACAUAUUUAACAUGAUUAGUAUCAAUCUUCUCAUCUUACACUCAGAAAAAUUUCCCAAAAUGUCAAACGGUUGCUUUAAGGUGAACCUAUAUAGCAUACGGCUCUGUUCUUUUUAAUAUUUUUGAAUUCAAGCUCACACUUUUAUCUCAAAUGAAAUGAAAGUUAAGAUAAAAAGUCAAAUUAUUGCUCCAACUCUGUGCCUGGACUCGGCUUUUUUAAAUUCUAAUCCUGACGUUUGGUAAUUACAAGAUUUGAAACUGUGUAUUAAUGAUGACAUUUGUGAAGAUGGAAAAAGGGCUGUGAUUCUUUUAAGAUGUGUUGGUGUUUUCUAAUUGUGAGGGAAAUUUUUACAUGGCAACAUUUGAAAUGAACGCUUUAAUCCUGUAUGCCUUGUAUUUGCACUGACGAGGCUCGUGUGCCUUUAAACGUGAAUGUAUUUGCACUGUGAGGAAAUUAAUAAAAAAAAAAAAAACAAGUCAAA